AAUUCACACAAAAGAUUUGCUACUUCAUCAAGCCACAUAAUUGCUACUUUGGAGGACAUUCGUGAAGGAAGGGUGAAAGCAACGAAGGAAAACCCAAAGCAACAUUCAAAAUGUCCAAAACAUGAAGGCGAAGUGACACGAUUCUUUUGCACAACGUGUGAAGUGCUGAUCUGUCGAGAUUGCACUGUCAUUGACCACCGUAUGCAAGAACACUCGUAUAUUGACAGAAAUCUGGCCAUAUCAACGUACAAGCAAUCAUUAGCUGAACUGUUUCCUCCACUUGAAAACUCAAUGACAAAACUCCAGAAGUCACGAGAGAACGUUUCAAAGAUAAAAGAAGAUUUGGGUGUCACAGUUAAGAGGGUCAUGACAGAAGUGCAAGACAGAGCAGCUGAGAUACGAGCAGAGGUAAUGGCUCAAGAAAAUCGCAUCCUUGACGACAUUAAAAUCAUUCAAACAGAUCGUGAACAAAAACUCGACGAAUAUGAGAAAACUAUGGGCUUGGCAGCGGAGAGAUGUCAGCAUUCACUAGACACAGCUAGAGAGGUGACAAAGACUGAAUCGGAUAGUGACUUUCUCUCACUCUAUGCCACAAUCAGCAAAGACUUGAAAUUGUUGGCAGGUCAGAGUCUGCCUAGGGUUGACAACAGGCUUGCAUUUCUGAAGUUCAAGCAGAGUGAGGGUGUUGGUGGCAUCAGUCUGGGUGUGGUGGUGGUGGAAGACAAAUGGGAGCUGUGUCGGGAGUUUGGUAGAAAAGGAACAGGUUCAGGAGUGUUCAGAGGGGCUUAUGGCAUUGCUGCUCGUCAACCUGAUGAGAUUGCAGUGGCUGACAUCAACAACAAAUGUGUUGUGAUUUGCAGCAUCGAUGGCAACCAGAAAAGCACGAUCCCGAUGCAAGGACGUCCACUCGGCAUCGCAGCUACACGCGUUGACAAUCGUUUGGUGGUUGUUGAGCAAAGCGCACCCCAUGUAAAGGUGUUCAACAGCGACAACACGCUGGCAUACAAGUUCCCAACGGUGCCACCAAGUGAGGUCGGUAAGACCGCAGUUGACCUCAAGAGUGUAGCUGUCAAGAAUGAUGGUACCAUUGCAGUGGGGGAUGUGGCGAGGAUGGUAUUGACAGUGCACAGCCCCACUGAUGGUGAGCUCCUUCAUACCAUACCAGUCAAGAUUAAACCUUAUUUUCUGGCUUUUGACAGCAAUGAUCGAGCGAUAAUAAGUGACUAUAAAUCACAGACAGUGGAUAUUGCCGGUUGCAAUGGUACUACGAAACGCACCUUCAAACCCACCAUCAAUGGUCAACCAGUGAAAUACUGCAACGGUGUGUGCACUGAUGGCUCAGGUAUCUAUGUUGCAAUGCCUAAUGGUGAACACAAUGGUCAUAUCCACAACUAUGACCUUCAAGGUGGUUUUCUCAAGUGCAUCGCACAGGGUCUGGAUUGGCCAUAUGGAAUCAUGUUAACAUCAGACGGACAGCUGGCAGUGGCUGACCGGUCCUCGGUGAAGAUGUAUGACCAAGUGUGAUACGACAUUCC